AUGGCGGAAGCCCAGGUUGCCCAGAUCAUCGUCGACAGCCUCUAUGCCGCCGGUGUGCGCGUAGUCUUCGGUAUCCCCGGAGCCAAGAUCGAUGCCAUCUUUGAUACGCUGCAAGACCACCCCGAGAUCAAGCUCAUCGUCUGUCGUCAUGAGCAGAAUGCCGCUAUGAUGGCCGCUGCCAUGGGCCGCAUCACUGGCAUUCCAGGCGUAUGCAUCGCCACCAGCGGCCCUGGUGCCUCCAAUCUCGCCACCGGCCUCGUCACUGCAACUACAGAAGGCGACCCUGUCGUCGCUCUAAUCGGCUCCGUGCCCCGCCUGAUGAACACCAAGCGCACUCAUCAAAGCAUGAAAGCCCUCGAGAUCCUCGGUCCCACCGCCAAAGCCGCCACAGGAAUCGAUGUCGAGGAUCAGGCCGCUGAGAUCAUCCUCUCCGCCUUCCGCACCGCCUCCUCCUCUCCCAAAGGUGCCGCCGUCGUCUCCAUUCCAGCGGACGUGGCCAGGCUCAAGUCCAAGAUUCUUCCAUUCCCAUCUGCCGCCUUCGCGGCACCCCGCUAUGGACCCGCGCCAACAUCGCAGCUUUCCGCCGUCAUCGACAUGAUCCAGAACGCAAAGCACCCCGUCCUCUACCUAGGCAUGCGCGCCUCCUCCCCACUCGUCGUCUCAGCGGUGCGCUCGCUGCUCACGAAAUUCCCCAUCCCCACCGUCGAGACCUUCCAAGCCGCCGGGGCCGUCAGCCGCGAACUGGCCCACCUCUUCUACGGCCGCGUCGGCCUCUUCCACAACCAAGCUGGCGACAAGCUCCUGGCGCGCUCCGACUGUGUGCUCGCCAUCGGCUACGACCCCGUCGAGUACGACGCCAACGUGUGGAACCCGGACGGCAAGCUCCCCGUCGUGCACGUCGACUACACCCCCAGCGACUACGGCCAGCACUACCACCCCACCAUCGAACUCCUCGGCAGCAUCGUCGAGAACGUCAACCACAUCGCCACCCACCUACAGUCGACCGCCGACCAACAAGGCUCCUCGUUUCUCAAAUCCCUCCAGUCGCAACACACCGCCUGGCGCUCCCGCCCGGAACUCCUCGCCACCAGCGGACCCGUGCACCCCCUCCUCUUCGUCUCCAAACUCCAAUCCCUCCUCGCCGACACCACCACCGUCACCGUCGACGUCGGCACCGUCUACAUCUACAUGCUCCGCUUCUUCUACAGCUACGCCCCCCGCACCCUCCUCUGCAGCAACGGCCAACAAACCCUCGGCGUCGGCCUCCCCUGGGCCAUCGCCGCCUCCCUCGCCCAGUCCCCCCCCGCAAGCGCCAAAGUCGUGAGCCUCAGCGGCGACGGCGGCUUCAUGUUCUCCAGCCAGGAACUCAGCACCGCCGUGCAGCAAAAGUGCAAUAUCACGCACUUUGUCUGGAACGACGAGGCGUAUAACAUGGUCGAGUUCCAGGAGGAGAUGAAGUACGGGCGCAGCAGCGGCGUGAGGCUGGGCGGCGUCGAUUUCGUCAGGUUUGCCGAGGCGUUUGGCGCGAAGGGCUUCAGGGUCGAGGAUGUGAGUCAGUUGGAUGGGGUGAUGCGGGAGGCGCUGCAGUGGGAGGGUGUCAGUGUCGUGGACGUGAGGGUCGAUUAUCGGGGGAAUGUCGAGUUGGCGAAGCAUGUUAUCGAGGAUGAGUGGAACUAG